CCCCCCCCCACCGCGCAUGCGCGGUUGGGUGCGCUAGGUUGUGAGUAGCCGCCCUGCCCUCGAGCCUCCCUCCGCCCUCAGGGGGAAGGGAACUCGCGGCUUCAUCCCUCCUGCACUGACCAGGCUAAAGGCCGAAUUUCAACCCACGGCAAACCUCAUGGGCUUCAUCACCUAAUUAACGGGAUCUGGCAGCGAGAGGAGCGUUGCCAACACUCCUGGCGUCGCUGCAGGGAUUAAAGAUUUAAUUCCUGUGGCACUACCGUGAGCAAUCCAGGAAAUAAAUCGACACAUGGGUUUUCAGUGGCAAAAAUUUGAAUUGAAAGGAGGGAAUGAAGAGUGAGAAAUCGGCAUAUGCAAGAAAGAAAAAGCACUUUGUGAACAGCACUUUGUCAAAGGACCAAAGCUAGAUACCACCAGCCAAGAAGGAGGCAGGAGAACUGGCAGAUGUGACAUAUCAAGAGGAAGCAGAAGAAGAACCACAACUACCAGGCCCCCUGCUUCCAGCUUUCCAGCACUUUAUUGUAUGCCGAGCCAUUUGCCUGAGGGGCAAUAGAUGGUGAGCCAGAGAACCAGAUGGAGAGGCAGUACCUUCAGGAGUGCACCAGACCUGCGAGGGACACUCUUAAAGUGGAUUUGUAAAAAAGCAGCUGAUAGUUUAUUCAACAUGGCAAACAAAGUUAUCGAACACUUAAAUAAUGCUACAAAUGAAGACAAAACUCCUCAGGCAAUGCUGAAAAUAAUGACAGAACCACAGGAUAUUGUUGAGAAGGCGAAUUCUGCAGACCAUUCAGAUGCACCAAUUGAAGUAGAUGAAACCACCCUUUUGAAUAAAAGUAGCGAGGGCGAGAAGCCUACUCAUCACAAUCAUGGCAAACUGUGGCGAAUAUUUGCAUGCCCACCUCAAGGAAUCAUUGCUAGUGUAUUGACAAAGGUGAUUAUGGUGAUCCUGCUGUGGGCAGUUGUCUGGUCAAUUACAGGUCCAGAGUGCCUUCCUGGUGGUAAUUUGUUUGGAAAUCUGAUUCUGUUUGUGUGUGCAGUUCUUGGAGGGAAGAUUGUUGGAAUGAUCAAAUUUCCUAAUUUGCCACCAUUACCUGGCCUUCUAGGAAUGCUGCUUGCUGGAUUUGUUCUCCGAAAUAUUCCUGUUGUCAGUGAAGCUAUUUACAUUGACUACAAGUGGUCCUCAUCCUUGAGAAGUAUAGCCCUUGCAAUUAUCCUUACCCGAGCAGGACUUGGGUUAGACGCAAAGGCUCUUCGGAAAUUGAAGGCUGUGUGUCUUAGGCUGGCAUUUGGUCCUUGUCUUAGUGAAGCUUGUGUUUGUGCAGUUCUUGGGCAUUAUCUACUGCAUCUGCCAUGGUCAUGGAGUUUUAUCUUGGGGUUUGUGAUGGGUGCAGUGUCACCUGCUGUCGUUGUCCCAUGCAUGCUGCUGCUUCAGAAAGAACGCUAUGGUGUUGACAAGGGAAUCCCAACGCUACUUAUGGCUGCAGGCAGCUUUGAUGAUAUCCUGGCAAUUACAGGUUUCAAUACAUGUCUAGGCAUAGCCUUUUCAUCAGGUUCAAUGCUUUCCAAUAUACUCAGGGGGUUCCUUGAAGUUCUCAUUGGGAUAGCAGCAGGAGCUGCUAUUGGAUUGUUCCUCCGAUACUUUCCUAGCAGGGACCAGGAAGAUCUUGUGAUGAAGCGUUCUUACCUCCUGCUGGGUCUGGCUGUGUUUGCUAUUUUUGCUACAGGAGUCUUUGGUUUCCCUGGUUCUGGAGGACUGUGUACAAUUGUCAUGGCUUUUCUUGCUGGGGUUGGAUGGGUUGAUGGCAAGGGUGGAGCUGAAGGUAUCACUGCCAAUGCCUGGGCCAUCUUCCAGCCAUUACUGUUUGGAUUGAUUGGAGCAGAAAUAUCCGUUUCUUCGCUAAACUCAUAUACAGUCGGUCUUGGGAUUGCAACUCUGAGCAUCGCUCUUGUAGUCAGAAUCUUGGUGACAUUUCUCAUGGUACACUUCUCUGGAUUUAACAUGAAAGAGAGAAUUUUUAUUUCUUUGGCCUGGAUCCCUAAAGCCACAGUUCAGGCUGCCAUUGGAUCUGUAGCUUUGGACAUGGCACGAAUCCGAAAUGACAAGAUUGCAGCGGAGUAUGGUUUGAGUGUUCUCACUGUGGCCUUUCUGGGAAUCCUGAUCACAGCUCCAAUCGGAGCAAUUAUUAUCGGCUUGCUAGGACCAAAGCUACUAUAUAGAGCGAAACAGCAGAAACUGGACUGCAGAGAAGGCACAGAAAGCCAGACCAUUACGCCAUGUGAACACGAUCAAAGAGUGGAAAAUGACAUUGAAGUCUGAGAUGUUUUAUGGAUCCAUAUUAGGUUUUCCGGAAUGAUCUCGGCCAUGAAUUUUAACAGAUGUUUGAUUCUUGAAUAUUUCUGUGGGUAGCAGACAAAGUGGCUUUUAAAAAUGUUUUUUUUAUUAACGGUUGUACAUUAUCUAGAUUUAUUUUUUAAAAGAAACUAUCCAGAUUUACAUAAAUACCUAUUCGUUUGGAACUUUUAUUUGUGCAGAAAUCAACAUGAGCAUUUUAGACUUUUGCUUGACAUUACAGAGGUAUUUAUGCAAUGAUCUUUAGACCAAUGUUACUAGGGUUGUACCCAAGAUUUUGGAAAGACCCUAGACAUUUAAUUGUAUGUACCCAGGAAGCCUAUGAGGUCAUGAACAUAGUUUGUAUCUGUUGUUUAUGCAAAUUCCAGCAGAAUAAUUAGUCCCAUGUGUCACCACAAAUCAGAAUCCUGAUAUUUUUAUUUUGUGUGAUACUAAUAACAGUCCCACUUUCUCCAAUAUUGCUGCUCUUCCUUUCUGUAAGGUAUCUACUGGGUCAUGUGCUGAAGUCAUUGUUGACAGGCAUUGAGAGUCUGACACUGCAAUAUCGAGGAUGCUGCAGCACAGAGUCAGAUCUGAGAAGCUAUGGGUAAAAUUCUGACGGGUAUUGUAAUCCUAGCUUCCUUUUCAUGCUUUUAAAAACAAUUACUUUUUCUUUCAAUUUUGGGGUCCCAAACAGCAUUCUGUGUCUAAAAGGGCACCAGAACACCUACUCUCCGACCAAUUAAUUCAAUAAUAAUCCACCAAGGUUUGUACCAAAGCGGUCCAAGUUGAAUAACUUCUUGGCGUAUCAGCGUGUCCCUCUUUUAAUGGCCAAAUGAACCUGGAAAUCAUGGGUAGGAGUCUGAGAUUUCACUAUAUUGAGCUGUUUUGAUUAAUAUGGUAUUUCCCUUUUUGUAACGGGUGAGUUGAGUUUACAGCCAUGGUUUACACUCUAGCUUUGUCUCUCCAGCUUCUAUUUUCUAACUAGGACAAUUGCACAAAUGCAAACAGCAUUGCAGAACAGAGAGUUGUCAGUUCUUUAUCCUCAAUAAUGUGUAAUUAGUAUUAAAUUUCUUCAUGGAUUACCUUUCAAUACAAUCUUCCACAGAAACACCAUAAAUUAUUUUAUUACUAGGAGGGUUUUAUAAAGCUUUUGAUAAAGUCUCGUCAUUCAAGAUUCAGCCUAAAAUUAAUAAUGAUAGAAUUGCAGAAAAUGAGUGAGCGAGCUUGGGGAAUCUUGCAGCUACAUUCACAGGCCACUAAUAACACCAUUGGGAAUAAUGAAAUUACUUGUGUUUGUCAGAGUGUAUUUUCUAUUAGGUGCAUCAUAAACCAAAAAUACCCCAUAUUUAAAGUAUACUAGUAAUGCCAUUCAAAAACCAUAAGGAUGACUGAUGUAAGAAAUGGAACUUGCAUACUCCAAAAUUAGGAGGAAAGCAUGUUUUUCUAGUACCAUGGGAGCUUCAUUCUGUACAGUGUCUGAGCUGCGAACCCUUAUCUAAAUGAAAUUGUCUUGUUGCUGUGAAUGAUGUCUCAACACCUAUUCUAGUCACCAGUUCUGGUCCCUGAAUUGUGGGAAGGAUAUUAAUUUAUAAAUCAUAAAAAGUUAUAAAUUUUAUAAAGGAGUAACUUACUUAACCAGAGUAUGCUGAGGGUGUGGAAUUUGCUACCACAUGGAGUCAGUGAGACAAAUAGCAUAGUUACAUUUAAGGGAAAACUAAUAAAUACAUGAGGGAGAGAGGCAUCAAAGAUUAUGAUGAUAGGGUGCGAUGAAGUAGAGUAGAAGGAGAUCCAUGUGGAGCAUGGACCAGUUAAGCCUCAUGGCCUGUUUGUGUGCUUUACAAUCUGUGUAAUAUAUAAUGCAAAGGUAAGCAAUAAAGAUGAUUCUGGCUAUUGACUUAUUAGGAAAUAUUAAGUAAACGAACCUCAUUUUCUUUGGAAAAAUAAAUCCCUGAGGUGUCUGAAUUAACGGUUAAAUUUAUAAUGUGGUUGCUAAAAUUGCUCAGCCAGUUGGUUUGCUAGAGUGAAGGGUUCAAGGGCCAGAAGAGACAGCGUUAGAAAUAAAAAGGGAAGCCAAGCAAAAUGUUGUCACCUAAAAGAUGCUAAAUAUGUCGAAUAAAUUAUCAAGCAAUAAUAUUGAAUUUCAGCAUGAAAUGGACUCUCAGACAAUUGUGUGUAUUUUUGGCUGCUGUUUGAGUCUGUUCAAUUUUUUCUUUUCCUAAAAAUUAUGUGCUCAUGCACUUAUGAGUCAAUCUAAAAUUAAUUUAAAUUUAGAACACAUUAAUUUGUGCUUUACAUAUAGAUAUAAUAUAUAUAUUGCAUAAAUAUGGUUGGCGUUUUUAAAGUUAAAAAUUCCACCCAAUUCAACAUUUUAAAAUCCAUGUUUAUUUUGAGAACAUCAAUAAAAUAUCUGAAAGAAAUCUACCAAACUAUUCUUAUCUGGACACUCCCUAAGUUGGUCCAUGUGAUUUAUUUUUAAAAAUCUCACUCAUCACAAGGAGAUUCGUGCUCAAUACUUUUCAUGUUAAGCUUUCUUUAAACCUGAUUUUUGCUAAGGAAAAUGAUUAUAUCGAGCAGGCAGUGGGAGAUGGCGUAGUGGGAUUGUCGCUGGACUAGUAAUCCAGAGACCCUGGGUAAUGCUCCCGUCAUGGCAGAUGGCGAAGUUUGAAUUCAAUAAAAAUCUGGAAUUAAAAGUCUGUUGUAAAAA